AUGGCGACUCCUCACGUCGUUGGUGCCAUUGCCCUCUACUUGUCUGCCAACAAGGGCGCCAAGUACGAUCAAGUGUACAAAGCGUUCACAACCACUGCAGACACUGCCACGUUGACUCCAGACAACCAGAACUGUGGGGGGGUGUCGGAUUCCAAGUACCCCAACAACAACUACGGGUUUGGACGCAUCAACGUCGCUAGUGCAAUUGGUGGUGCAGUUGCCCCCCCUUCCAACACCACCUCUGCCCCAUCACCGUCAAAGCCCCGCAACACCACCUCUGCCCCAUCGCCGUCAAAGCCCCGCAACACCACCUCUGCCCCAUCGCCGUCGAAGCCUCGCAACACCACCUCUGCCCCAUCGCCGUCGAUGCCCCGCACGUCAGGUCCAUCGACCUCGGACCCCGCCACCCCGUGCGUCGAGGAAGCCCAGCACAUCAAAUCCUUCGAACUCCGCAACCAGUACCCGCCAUCCGUUCCCUAG